ACGUAGAUGCUGGGUUUCAACAAUCGCACCUUUCCAGGGAACCAUUAAAUGACCUGUGCGUCAGCACACCCUCAUCUGAUUGGUCGAGCAGGCGUGUCUUGUUUUAUCUCACUCCUUCAUUUUAUUGCUCGGGUAGGCGGGUUUCCUCACUUCGGAGCUUUAAGACAAAUUGGCUUUUUGCUUAAGCGACCAGGAACAGCUUUGUUCACUGUGCAGUUUUGCCCAUGUUGGGUCUUUUGGUUUCUCAAAUGACAACCAAUCCUUUUGAAUAACAGUGCCGCGGCUGUUGAGAACUUCUUAGUGGAUAUCAUUUGACUUUUGGACAACAGUUACACAAUAGCCCACGUCCAGCUUCGCAGUGUAGUCGGUUUGGCUAGACCAUAUGCCCCCUUCCAGGACGUAGACGGACAUACCAUGGGUACAACGCUCAAUUGCUGGGAACUUGUGGUCACGUACUAUUUAAUUUCAUUAGUGGCUGUACAGACAAUAAUAGAGCCUCCGUCACCAGUAAAUUUGACUAUAUCUUGGAAGAACGAGUUUUGCCUGGAGCUGUCAUGGAGACUACCAGAAAAUGUUGAUGAGAAUUGGAAAAACUGUAAAUACCUAAUUUCAGAUGAUAGACUAAGUGACACACGGUACGAAACCUGUGUUUCUCUGGAGGGAGGUGUGAAUUUCUCAGUACAAACUCAGUGCAACGGAAUGCAAAGUCAACCUGUUGUUCACACCAUCGCUGCCCCCAGAGAAUUGGUGAAGGACUUCCAUUGUUUUUACUACUCCUCCAACGCCCUGAACUGUAGCUGGCUUCCAACCAAUCAGUCCCCGGAAGACAUACACCUCUACUAUGCGUACUCUGAAACAGAAAUAAAUGUGAGUAACACAUCAGAAUGCAGGAGCUACCGGCGCAAUGUUGGUGGGAAGACUGGAUGUCUCGUCAGAGUGGACUUUAGAACAUUGAAAGUCUACUUCCAGGUCAAUGGGACUGUCAACGGUUCAUCUUUACGAAAUACCUUCAAGGUCAUUCCUAAGGACAAUGUCAAGCCUCCUGCCCCAAAGGUUAAAAUCACAAAAAAAGAGAAUAAUCUCAAUCUGAGUUGGAACCAUCCAAAUAUAUCUAAAUCCCACUGCUGGAAUUACAAGCUAAACUACAGCAGGUGUCAAGAGUCACUGAAUAAGACUACAAAAUCAAAUUCAGAGACUAUACCGUAUGAUCCAAGAUGCCAGUACAGAGUCCAGAUUAAAGCAGUCUAUUCAUCCAACUGUGGGGAGGGAGAAAGUGAUUGGAGCGGAGUGGAAAUAUACGGUGAGGAGGACUGGUUUAGUAAAGUGAUUGCCAUUGUCAUUCCAGCCACAUUGUUCUUAUUCGUCAUCCUGUUUCUUUGUUGUUUCAUGAAGCACAAAGAAAAGAUUUUUCCCAAGAUUCCACAACCGUCAAUGACUUACAAGGACACACUGAACAGCAGUAAGGAACCGAAGACCUUCAAAGGGAAUCUCUAUGUCCCGGUCGAGGAGAAUGUGGAAUAUAAGAUCAGCCUGGAGAAAGAGCCACAACUUCCCACGAUGCAACCUGACUGCUGAGGGUGUAAAUACA